UUUAAAAUGAACAAUUUUAAAGCACUAAUUUUUCAAUACAAAAACAAACUUUUUUUACAAAUUCACUUCUCCUUAAAUUUUUUCUAUAUUUUAUUCUUUCUUUUUGGUUUUUUUAGCUCUGAAGAGUUUGUUUACUUUUUCCGCGCUUUAAUAUUAUAUAGUUUUUGGUGCGUUUUUUUUUUGUUUUGGAUUUUCGCACUGAAAUUUUUAUUAAUUCUGAUUUAG